CAUAUUCGUUAGCAUUGUUUUUAAAGAUGGCUGCGCCCAUGUAAUUUAUUUUGAUUACGAAACACGUGAAAAUAUUUUCUGAUCUGAAACAUCGGACUGAAUUUCAUUGUGGUACCAUAAUGGGGAAAAAGAAGCAGUCAACUGCUGCUCUUGGAAAAUCUAUCAUUAGGGAUAGGUUUGGGAAGACAGAUCGAAAAUCUGCUGAUACAUUUUUACACACAGCAGAGUUGAAAGAUGGAUAUGAUUGGGGACGUUUAAACCUUCAGUCAGUAACGGAACAAAAUAAUCUGGAUGAUUUCCUGGCAACUGCUGAACUUGCAGGCACAGAGUUUACUGCAGAAAAAUUAAAUGUAAAGUUCAUAUCUCAAGAUACUGGUUCCCUUCCACAAGCUGAUGAAUUAAGAGCAAUCAAAGGUCUUCAUAAAAAACAUGAGAACCAGCUGAGAAUUCCUAGAAGGCCCCCAUGGAGCACACAGAUGACAGCCUCUGAAGUUGACCAGAAUGAAAAAGUUGCUUUUCUAGAUUGGAGAAGGGGUUUGGCAAGUGUUCAAGAAGAUGAGAGGAUUGUAAUGACCCCGUAUGAGAAAAAUCUGGACUUCUGGAGACAACUCUGGCGUGUCAUAGAGAGAAGUGACAUAGUGGUUCAGAUAGUAGAUGCUAGGAAUCCGCUGCUAUUCUACUGCGCAGAUCUUGAGGCCUAUGUGAAAGAGGUUGAAGACAGCAAAAUUUGUCUGGUUCUUAUUAAUAAGGCAGAUUACCUGAAUAAAGAACAGAGGGAGAUUUGGGCAGAUUACUUCACAAAGAAAGGUAUUAGGAUUGCCUUCUGGUCAGCUGUAGAGGAAACUGAGAGGCAAGAAAAGGAGGGAAAAAUUGAAAAGGAGGCUGAGGAUGGAGUUGACCCUGACCUUGUUGAAGGUGACAGUUCAGAUGGAGAUAGUCAGUUUGAGGAUGAAAGUGAUGAUGAUAAUGAUGAUGAUGAAGAAAUAAAUGAGGGUAAUGGAGUAGGAGGGGGAAACGUUCAAGAAGUGCCUUGUGAAACAGACAGAAGUAGUGAAGGUACUAAUGUAAGAAAUGACAUCCUUGCUUCUGAUGUCAGAAGCAAACUGGAAAGAAACACAGAAUAUGAUGUGGAUGAUAUAAGAGAUGACAUGGUAAAAGACAAUUUUGAAAACCAAGAAAAUGGUGAGAAAACCGAAAACCAAAUGGAUAAUUUAUGUAAAAACGAAAGAAAUGACAAAUCUGAUGAUAUAGACGGGUCAAAAGAUUUGGACAAAGUGAAUGUUGAUAAAUCUGACAGUGAAUCCUGCACCUGUGAUAAAACAGAAAGACUUGCUGACUCUGAGGGUACACAUGGUGAACACGUAUGUAGUGCUUACAGUGAACUAAAGAAACCUAUGGCAUAUGUGAAUACAUCACUGAUACACACAGGGCCAGAGUUACUGGAGUUGUUUAAAAGUAUUCACUUGACGAAAAAAGUUCAUGAAGGGCUUACAACAGUAGGAAUGGUUGGGUAUCCAAAUGUAGGGAAGAGUUCAACCAUUAAUGCAAUACUUAAGAUGAAGAAAGUGCCUGUGUCUGCUACCCCUGGGCGUACAAAACAUUUUCAGACAUUGUAUGUAGAUCCUACACUGAUGUUAUGCGACUGUCCCGGCCUCGUGUUUCCAUCAUUCGUAACGACAAAAGCCGACCUGGUUCUUGGAGGUAUAUUACCUAUAGAUCAGAUGAGGGACUCCGUCUCACCAACGGCACUUUUAUGUCAGAAUAUUCCACGCUGGUUAUUGGAAAAAACUUAUGGAAUCAUUCUCCCAAGACCGUUGGAAGGUGAAGAUCCAAAUCGACCGCCCACAGCUUAUGAGUUGCUCAAUACUUACGGAGCCAUGCGAGGUUACAUGACAAAUCGAGGGCUUCCAGAUGGGCCAAGAUCUUCAAGAUACCUGCUGAAAGACUAUGUUAAUGGUAAGCUGCUGUAUUGUCAACCUCCACCAGAUUUAGAUCCUGUUGAAUUCAAUGACUUUAACAGCCGGGAUCCAGCUAGCUUAAAUGCUGCAGCAGGAGGUGUAGCUGCCGGGAACCAAAUUGGUCAGCCAUUAGUGGUUCCAAGUAAAGUGGAUGCAGAGUUCUUUAAAAAGGAAUUCUCAACAGUUCACACACGUUCAGCACAUGGAGGGAAAGGAGCGCAAGAAAGAUCCGACUCAAAAGACAGUGUACAAUCUUCACAAUCAUCUCUUAACGAAAAACCCUGGAAGAAACAUAACAAUAGAAAGAAGAAGGAAAAACUAAGACGAGUUUAUGGCCAUCUUGAUAAUUAAAGUUUUUAUGUGGAUGGUUUAAAUGAACUAGAAAUAUUUAAAUGUAAUCAAUGAAGGCAUUUAAGGAAAAAAAUAACAAAAGAAUAGUGAAGCUGAGUUCUAACAUUUGCACUAUGAAAAAACGUUAUAGGUGAUGAAACUGAAAUGUAUAUUGAAUAUAUAAAGAUAAUAAACAGGUUGUUGAAAUGACGUAUGUUUGAAAUAUAUUUAUGAAAUUAAA